GAGGCAGGCAGCAGACAGCGCGUGAGGAGAAACAUCGGAGGGAAGGAGAAGAGCUCGCGCACUGUGGGAACUUUGACUCUGCGGUCCGUUUGUUUGUUUUUUGUUGUUGUUUUGUCACUAUGUGGGCGCGAGCUGUGCUGUGCGCGGCGCUGCUGUCCGCGUUGUGUCCGGAGGGAAGGACGGAAGCCGAGAGGGACGAGAGAGAAGUUCAGGACCACCGCUACAACUCCAACAGACUGCUCGGCGCUCUCCACGAAGUUCUGGAGAGACUGCAGACCAAGAGGAUCAAUCCCUGGGAGAAGAAAUACGGACAAGUUCCCUCUUGUGAUCUGGGGGAGCACUGCGCUGUCAGGAAAGGAUCUCGCAUCGGGAAGAUGUGCGACUGUCCCCGAGGAGCUUUCUGCAACUUCUUCCUGCUCAAGUGCUUAUGAGCCACCAGGAUGUUUUAAACUGUACAUUUCACAAAUGUAUAAUAAUAAAUAGGAAAACCUGAACUCUGUAAAGUAGCUUUUAGAGUCUUCGUGUGCUGCAUUAAAGGUGUUUGAUCUGGCUUUUAAA